ACCUAUACACACACAUACACACACGCACACAUACACAUAUUAAUCGGCAUCCUCAACACAGACUGAGACGCCCUUGGACUGCUGCAGGCGAGGAUGAGGGUGUGGUCAUGGGAACAGUGUGGGGAGACAGGCGUGGUUCUGCUGGGCUUCCUGACGCUGACGAUGUGUUUGGGAAACCUGUCCACCAGGGGGCUGCAGGAGGAUGGAGUGGCCUCCAACAGUCUGGAGGAGCAGCUCGAGGUGACCACAUACUGGUGGGGGGAAUGGGCCAAGUGGACAGCAUGCACUCGUACCUGUGGAGGAGGAGUGAUGUCACAGGAGCGUCACUGCCUCAAACAGAGAAAGAAAGCUGCUGCUGGGAAGGACAACAUGACCUGUACGGGAACUGCUAAGAAAUAUCAUCUCUGCAACACCAAAGAAUGUCCUCCCACUGGGAGGAGCUUCAGAGAGGAGCAGUGUUGGUCCUUUAACUCACAACGUUAUAAUGGGAGGAACUAUCAGUGGAAACCUCUAUAUCCCGAUGACUACGUUCAUAUCUCCAGCAAUCCCUGUGACCUCCACUGCACCACGACCGACGGCCAGAGGCAGCUGAUGGUGACGGCACGAGACGGCACGUCCUGCAAGUACAGCAGCUACCGCGGCGUCUGCGUGGACGGUAAGUGUGAGCCAAUUGGAUGUGAUGGGGUACUGUUCUCCUCCAACACUUUGGAUAAGUGUGGUGUCUGUCAGGGUGACGGCAGCAGCUGCAGCCGAGUCACGGGAAACUUCCGUCGAGGACCCUCGACUCUGGGUUACUCUUUUAUAACUCAAAUCCCUGAAGGCUCCUGGGACAUACAGAUCAUCGAGAGGAAGAAAUUGGCUGAUGUUCUCGCUGUGACUGAUCAGGCAGGAAACUUCUUCUUUAACGGUGACUACAAGGUGGACAGUCCACAGAAUUUCCAUGCAGCAGGCACCGUCUUCAAAUACCGCCGACCUAUGGACGUGUAUGAGACUGGUAUCGAGUACAUUGUUGCCAAAGGCCCCAUUGACCAACCCAUCAAUAUUCUGGUGUGGAACCAAAAUGGCCGCACACCUUACAUCACCUACGAAUACACAGUCCUCCGAGACUCCCUGCCACCCGUUCCUCCUCCUCCUGUCUACACCGGGUCAGACACCUCAGCCGGAGAGGUGUCUGUAGAAGUGAGUGGUCUACUGGCCCCCAAUGGCAGCAUCUGUGACCAGGUGGCUCCUGGGGGCCAGGUGGAGACAGAAGGUACAGAUGGGCAGAAGGGCAAAGAGACCAACGAGGUGUAUGAGGAGACAGCAGCCAUCGACUGUGAAGAUGGAGUAGCUACCCCAAAGUUUACAGGUAACAGCAGCCAAAUAGACAGCACUGCCAAACCUGUUACUGAUGGUGGGGGCCUGGAUACACCACCCGAUUCCCCAAACCUCAUCUGGAGGGUCCUGAUGGACGGCCGAAUUGGUGCAGAUGAGUUACUUAUCAACAUUUCGACCAACCAGCUGCUGACCGAGGGAGACAGUUUGUUCUCUUCUGAGGUGGGACUAGCAGAAGUGGGUCUGAGCAGCCUGGAGCGAGAUGAUCUAAACGAUACACUCGAGUUUACUCUGGGCCAGAAACGCAACGACAGCGGAGACAGCCAGAACAGGACGGUGCCGAGCAGUGGGAGGACUUCCAACCGCUCCAACAGAACCAGGGGGAAUCAGCGGCUCUACCAGAAGAACCUGAAGCUGAGUCCUGCUGACAUGUACCGCUGGAAACUUUCAUCACAGGAGCCGUGCAGCAUGACCUGCUCCAUAGGAGUCUCCAGGUCCUUUGUCACAUGUGUUCGUUACGAUGGCGUGGAAGUACACGAUAUGUACUGCGAUGCUCUGACCAGACCAGAGCCGGUCCAUGACUUCUGCAUUGGCCGAGAAUGUCAGCCCAGGUGGGAGGCGAGCAGUUGGAGCGAGUGCUCCAGGACCUGCGGGGAAGGUUUCCAGUUUCGUCAGGUGCGCUGCUGGAAGAUGCUCUCGCCGGGUUUGGACAGCUCGGUCUACAGUGAUCUCUGCACCAUGGCUGACCUGGAGAGACCCGUGGAGAGAAGAGCCUGCAAGAGCCCCGCGUGCGGCCCACAGUGGGAGGUGGCCGAGUGGACGGAGUGUCCUGCUAAAUGUGGCCGCAAAGCUCAGGUAACCCGCGAUGUGCGCUGCUCUGACGAGACCAGACCAUGUGACCCGUUGACCAAACCGCCGAACGUCAAAAACUGCACCGGCCCUCCCUGCGAACGCCACUGGACUGUGUCCGAGUGGGGACCCUGCUCGGGGUCGUGCGGCCAGGGGAAGAUGGUGCGUCAUGUGUACUGUAAGGCUCCGGAGGGUCGCGUGGUUCCCGAGAACCAGUGCUCAGCAGAGAACAAGCCCUUAGCCAUUCACCCCUGUGGAGACAGAGACUGCGCUCCGCACUGGCUGAGUCAAGACUGGGAGAGGUGCAACACAACCUGUGGUCGUGGUGUGAAACGGAGGAUCAUUCAAUGCGUCGGCAUCAGCGGAGGAAAGUUCCAGAUCUUCGAUGAGGAGGCAUGUGUGGGGAACGAGAAGCCUGAAGAAGAAAACACCUGCUUCGAGAGGCCAUGCUUCAAAUGGUACACCACCCCCUGGUCUGAGUGCACUAAGACAUGUGGCAUCGGUGUGAGGAUGAGGGACGUGAAGUGUUAUCAGGGCAGGGAGCUGGUCCGAGGUUGUGACCCCCUCACCAAACCGGUGGCCAAACAGACCUGCACUCUGCAGCCAUGCCCCACUGAGCCUCCAGAUGAGAGCUGUCAGGAUCGGCCCUCCACCAACUGCCUGCUAGCUCUUAAGGUCAACCUGUGCAGCCACUGGUACUACAGCAAGGCCUGCUGCCACUCCUGCCGCGCCGUUCGACCUCCAGCCUCCUAGUCGAGGACGCCGCAGCCUCUCUCCACCCCGACUCAACUCCGGCAUGAGGAAAUACAUUCAGCUGUACAGCAGUUACUGUGAAUAAUGAGGGAAAGCUAAAUGUCAGUCUGCCUUUUUUUAAAAACAGGAACUUCCUCAGAUAACUUGGAUUUAGAUGGGUCAGUUUAAAUGAUCUCAAAUGAAUUCCUGUCAGUUCCUGUUGAUGUUACAACAUCAGCUGCAGUGUUCUCACACAAAAUUAGACAAAAGAAAUGUGCACUUUGGGAGGCACUUUGAAAUUAAUGAGGACGAGUAAACAAACAUCUCUUUUUUCUGCUUCACUGCUACAAAAAGUUUUUAGUUUCUUCUUGUUUUGAGAGGAUUUCUGACACAAUGCAUUAUCAAAUAUUAAAUAGUUCCUUUCUGCUCAUUUCCAGUCAAUAUUUGUAUUUUUAGAUUCUACCAGAGUAGCUUUGCAUGAGUAAUAUUUCAAAAUAAUCCUCAUGUAUCUUAUAAAGACCCUUGUGGCAGCAUCUCAGUAACAGCAGGUAUAAACAGCAGGUGAGUGGAGCCUCUGUUCUCACAGCCAGAGCUGUGUACCCUCUAAAUUUGCUCCUGAGCUCACUCACUUUUUGACCCAGCCUCUAGUAGUGAACCAAGGAAGCGCCGUUUUUGGCACAUUUAUCAUUUAUCAGCCCCUCGGGGAAAAUAAAGCAGAGCAUGCCUCUCCCUUAUUAUCAUAUUUCUUCUUAUUUUCUUUAUAUUUAACCCUGCAGACCCUGUUGUACCAGUUGUUACUGAAUAUUUAUGGGUCCAUCAUUUCAGUUCCUUUAGAAAAUUUGCGCUAAACAACAUGCGGAGUCGGAGACACAAUGGAGUCAACAGUAAAGCGGUCUCACAAACCUCUAUCACCAGUUAGCAGCAUGCUCCUGUUAUCGCUGCAAGGAAGAGCUCUAUUAAAUUAUUUCUCAACUGAAGAUAUUGCAUGAGUAGAAUAUUUAAAACAGAUACUGUUUAUGAAAUAUUAUUUAAAUGUGUUUCAGUUUUAGCGUCUGGCAUGGCCAAACAGGAAGUAAAAAAAAAAAAAUUAAAUAUAUAUAAAUAUAAAUAUAGCUUAUAUUUCAAUUCCGUCUCCUGCCGUUUGACGCCACACCGGCGUGCCUGCAGGAUAUGGAAGCAUAUUUAUUAGUGAUAGAACAUUUUCAUUUAGCGUGACGCUCCUGAUGCCAGCCUAUGGUUAUUCAUCAGGUCAACUGAUACCAGCUCUGGUCUGUGUGCACGACAGAGGAGGAGAGAGUUGAUCCGAACACAGACAGAGAGAUCCCUGAAACUUGAAGUAUGGGUGAAAUGUAUUCAGAAGACGUGUACGUGUAUGUCUAACUAAUGUGUACUGUGUUUUUAUAUUGCCGAUACCUCUUUGUACAAAACUAAAUAUGGAGUUUGUGUACUGUUGAUAAUAAACUGAAAACCUAA